UGGGUUAUUAACUUUGCGCAAACAGCUGUGUUCUUAUCUCUAUGACCGUUUACUACAAUCACAGUUUCUACAACAAGUCUUUGCGGAAUUUCCUCAAGCACUCGGUAACAUCUUUGACCGCCAGCACUUAGUCCAAACUUUAAUCACGAUGUCAACAGCAUUCCUGACCGCUAUUGCGGUAAUCCUUUGCAUUCUAUUUCGCAUUUUGAAUGUUAACAGUCAGCCGUUAAAGCCGAGUGUAUGGUCAUUGGAUCAACAGUUUUUGGAUUGUCUAUAUAAAAUUGCUCCCGUUUUAAAAGAACCUUAUAUUCCUACACGACUGUGGGGUUUUAGCGGUCAUGUACAAACAGUUCUACACAGUGUUGUGGGACGUGUCAAAUGUCCAUGGCCUUUGGGUGAACGUGUUUACCUAUCCCUGGAGGAUGGUUCUACGUUGACAUACGAUUUAUAUCAACCAUUAAAAGAAUUUGAAGAUGACAUCACUGUUGCUAUUUGUCCUGGCAUUGGCAAUACCUCGGAAAGUGUUUAUAUACGCACAUUUGUCCAUUAUGCACAAUGUCAUGGAUACCGCUGUGCGGUACUUAACCACAUAGGGGCCUUGAGUAGUGUACAGGUUACAUCGAGUAGAAUAUUUACAUAUGGACACACCGAUGACUUUGCUACCAUGGUUGAAAAUCUAUCACAAAAAUAUUCAAAUUCACACAUUGUUUGCUGCGGUUUCAGUCUUGGUGGCAAUUUGGUUACAAAAUAUUUGGGCGAAAAACAAAGGACCAAACCAUCAAAUAUUGUUGGUGGUAUUUCCAUCUGUCAAGGAUACAAUGCUGUUGAAGGCACCAAAUGGUUAUUGAAUUGGCAAAAUUUCCGUCGUUUCUAUUUGUAUGUUAUGACUGAAAACAUGAAAAAUAUCAUCUUAAAACAUCGUCAUGUUCUAUUAUCGGAAGAAUGUCGUCAACGUCAUAAUUUAGUGGAACGUGAUAUUAUUGCCGCUGCAACACUACCCGAAUUAGAUGAGGCUUACACGAGGCGUGUCUAUAAUUUUGCAUCCACUCAGGAAUUAUACAAAUGGAGUUCAUCAUUAAAUUAUUUAGAUAAUAUCGAUAAGCCAAUGAUUUUCAUUAACGCCAAAGAUGAUCCGCUAGUACCUGAAGAACUUUUGGUGCCCAUUAAAGAAUAUGCUGCUUCACACUACAAGACCGCCUACAUCGAAUUAGCACACGGUGGUCAUUUAGGUUUCUAUGAAGGCGGCCUUAUUUAUCCAAAUCCAGUUACUUGGCUAGAUCGUACUUUAAUAGCAAUGGUUGGAGCUUUGGUUAUGACACAUACGGAUCCCACAAAACAAACGAUCUCAACAAUAUAAAUAUGAGCUUA